AUGGGCAUCUUUUCAAAUGGCGCGCGAUCCUACCGCAUUCUCCACCGCAAGUGGCCCAAGAUCUCGCGCAAAGCCACCAUCUGGCUGAUGCCGCUCGAGCUCGCCGGCCUCAUCGCCGUGCUCGUCAUUUACGGCAUCGCGCAGCCCGACCUCUACCGUUCCAAGAUGUGGCAGAUUGGAUUCGACCAUGGGCUAAACUCUAACCCCAAUAUGAUUCUCUACGCCUAUGCCAACUUUAAGCCGUUGCCCAACGUGCCGCUCAUCUGGUCCUCCACCCUGACCAACUUCAACGUCGCCAUCUCCGUCAUCUCUCUUUUCUUCCUCCUGGCCAAGCUCAUCGCCUUCAUUAUGAAGCUGUGGUUCCCCAUCAUUGCUAUCUUUGUCAACUUGGCGCUCCUGGCCCUCUACACCGUCAGCGUCUACGGCCAGAUUGGCCCCGACUACGCCGACCCGCGCCAUCCCUCGCCCGCCGCGUGGUACUUUCGCCAGGGCUGCGGCCUCGCCAAGCCCUACGGCGCGUACAAGUCCUGCCAGAUAGCUCAGGGCUCUCUCGGUGCCACCUUUUACAUGCAUAUCUUGUACCUUCUCAAUCUUGGAUUUGCCAUUUUCGCCAUGCUGCCGAACAAGGGUAACCGCUUCGAGGACGAGUCCGACGUUGAAUCGAUCCACAGCACCCCGAACAUCAAGGAUACCGAGAUGCAGGCUUUUACCUCGAUGCCCUUUACGCCUCGCACGCAGGCUUUCCACACUCUAGACAGAAAGCUCCCCCUGCGCCAGCAGGCGAACCCCUACAAGUAA